AUGAACUCUUGGGUCUCCGGUGACUUAACCAACACUCAAAUCUUCUGUCUCCAGUGUCUCGAGGGUCUGCGCUACAAUCCCACUUUCCCACAUUUGGCUGCUUGUCUCUACUUUCUGGCCUUCUGCGCUAAGAGUGACAAAAGGACAGAGUGUAUCCUUUUUAUCUCUUAUUUACGAGUUUAUUGUGCUGAAAACGCCGACGAUGUGAUUGAUUGUCUGCAGAACAAGUGCAAUACCAAAGCGCUGCGCUUCAAUCUGCCCUGGUCUCUGCUGGAGUCCUUCAAUGGCACCUCUAAGAGUUUCUUUGAACUGGCCAACAACGAGAACGUCACAGCUUUGUGCAACGGUGACAUCAAUGGGGACAGCGAAGUGGAUGGAGGUGGGGAUGGGGAGUACUUUAUAGCGCCGCCCGCUUGGUAUCAUCACUCCUGCAAUCAUUUCACUCCCGAGAAUUACGAAUCGCUCGCUCUCUUCUGUCUCGAGAUGGGCCUUCGUGAACUUGGUGUGGCCUUCGCAGUACGAGCCCAUCAGGAGUCGAAGCGCCGCGAGUCACCCGAUUUCUGCGUCAACGACGGUGAUGGCACCUCUACCACCACCACCUCCUCUUUCCUCCGAAUCCCCAGUCUUAGUCUCCCCCUUCUGCGCCAUCUUGAUCUCCCGCUGCCUCUUCGACAGGAUGAGGAGGGUUGGUUGGGUUGUUUUUUUGUUAUUGAUAGAAAGUCCUUACCUCCUGCUCUUUUUCCCUUUCAUGCCUUGAAUCCAUUUCAUCAGAUGUGCAUCGAAGCGAAAACCGUGCUCCCAUUCUUCCACUCCAUAGGCUUGCCUACCGACGACUUAGAAGCUAUCUUUCCCUCUGUAUCGUCGAGUCAACCACCUCAAAAGCCUCAGCCUGAGGAGAGUGCAGUGCGAAGACGGGCGCGUGGUUCCAUCCUCAAGAGUCCCUCCUGCAGCAACGAUUGUGAUAGACUCGUCCACUCGGACGCUACCGGUGAUGACGGUGGUGUGUGCCACGAUAGUCCACGAGUGGAGAAGCGUGUCCGUUUCUCCCUUUCUGCUUCUCACCCUCCUCCCGACAUUGAGGCCGAGUUUGGAGGACGUAGCAACAGUCAGCGCCUCCAGGAUAUGGCGCGUCGUCGCGGCUACCUCUAUCCUACAGACGACGUAAUCAGCACCGGUAAUGACAACGACGACAGUGAUGACUCUGGUGGUGGCGCUUUCGAUCGUCUAGUGGGAGUUUUCUGGCCUGACGGAAGUAGAAAUGGCGGCCAUCGCCGAUUGAGGUGGCGAGGACGGCGACGCUAUCAUCACCAUAAUUUUGGCAGGUGUCUACUGGAUGUCAGUGCUUUCCUCACCUGUCUCUUUGCUCUCCUCAUUUUCUCCCUCCUUUUCCUCUCUCUUGUUGUGUGUAUCCCAUUGGCCUGGUUCACCACCUCCACCGGUGAUGGCACGGUACUGACCGGAACCUGCAUUCGACUACUGAAUGCAUUCGGUCUGCAUGCACUUCUGGCAAGAUGA